AAGAAAGCCAAGGUAGGUAUUAAGCGGUCAAUUAUUGCGCUACCUAAGGUACUUGGUAAGACGGGAUGGCUUAAGAAGCACAACCUUACCUUGAAGAUGCCUUGCGAACGUACCUGCCUCAUGUACCUUCCUCACCUGACCAUGCCUUCCUUUUCCUAUCCACAUACCUACCUUACACCAACGCAUCUGAUUUCUUCCUCUUCAACCUCCCUGAAAAUAUUCCAACAACAUCAACGAACGGAAAAAAAGCACAUCCAGCUAGACUACCCAAGUAAGUGCGACGAAUGGCAAACUCCUUCAGUGAUUGACCCGCGUCACAGCAUGGCAUCCAACAGUCGCAGCGGCAUCGAGGCCAAUACCAAGAACGACCAGGAGAGAUUCGAUGGCACUCUUGCUCCUCGCCGCAAGAACAGAAAGCUUCUCAUGGUCAAGGGUUUACCUUUUGCAGAGACCAGGAACCAAGUCGAGGCCUUCCUCAAGUCGAAGCUCAACAAGCCGGACUCUGCCAACUUCCACUGGCCGCCCUCGAAGGAUCCCCGACAGAGUCUCCCGUCGAGUCAUCAUGGAUAAGUGUUCAUUUCGUUCGCGGAGCGGAUCGACUGCCACGGAGCUGGACGAAACCUCAAAGGAGUCAUUUACCCAGCACGAGGAGGCCCAUGCGAGCUGAGUGUCAAGGUAGACAGAGGCAGGAACCUGG